GCUCCCUCUCCUCCCUCCGCGGGGCUGCCCUUGCCCGCCGUGCUCCGGUCUGCGCCGGGCGGCGGCGGCAGCGGGUAACGGCGGUGACCGGCCAUGUCGGGAGACGGUGAGGAGGAUCUGGCGGCCUUCGUGGCCCUGCACGGGGCCGCACUCCGCGCGUCCAGGGUCCCGGCGCGCUACUGGGAGAGCCUGUGCCGCAAGCUGCGUGGCGAGGUAUUUGAUGCUGGUGACUACUUCGGUAUAAUGCAAGUAGAAGAGGUGGAUGAGGAGGAGGAAGGUGAUGAAGAAAUGGAAGAAGAAUUAAAAAAGAAGCCAAAUCCUGGAAAUGAACCUUGUUUCAAAGUUAUCGUAACAAAUGAGAAUGGGCUUCAAGCCUCCAAUCCCAAUAGCAUUUUCCUCAUUGACCAUGCCUGGACCUACCGUGUUGAACAUGCCCGCCAGCAGCUGCUUCAUGUACCUGGUUUGCUGCACAGAAUGACGAAUCUGAUGGGAAUCGGCUUUCAUGGAGAGAUUCCAGAUGAGGGCAGUGUUGAGCAAGUGUUGCAGGAAAUGUGGAAAUACAAUCAGACCUACCAGCUUUCUCAAGGGACUGCUGAGGAGAAGGUUCCUGUCUGGUACAUUAUGGAUGAAUUUGGAUCACGAAUUCAGCAUUCAGAUCAGCCCAGCUUUGCAACAGCACCUCUGUUCUAUAUGCCUCAACAAAUUGCUUACACUGUUCUCUGGCCUUUGAGAGACCUUGAAACAGGUGAUGAAGUGACUCGUGAUUACGCUUAUGGGGAAACAGAUCGCUUGAUCAGGAAGUGUGUUUUGUUACCAUGGGUGCCUAAUGAAGUGUUGGAUGUCAACUGUUUUACACCAGAGCCAUCAGAUGAGCAUUACCAGGCUAUUUUAGCAGAAAACAAGGAAAAACUGCCUAUAGCGAUAAACCCACCAGUUUAUGACAAAGACAAAAUUUUCAAGGUUUUCACAGACAUUCAGCAAGUCCUCAACAACCUGACACAUCCCCGUUUUGUAUUCACAGACAGCGAGGGAGAAGCAGACAUCCUCUACAACUUCUCACACUUCAAAGAUUAUAGGAAGCUAAGUGAGGAAAGGCCUGAGGUCAUGCUGAAUCAGUUCCCAUGUGAGAACCUCCUGACUGUCAAAGACUGCCUGGCAUCCAUUGCUAGACGAGCUGGAGGACCAGACGGGCCAAGAUGGUUGCCUCGUACUUUUAACCUCCAAACAGAAUUGCCUCAGUUCAUCAGCUACUUCCAGCAACGUGAAAGAAGAGGAGAAGACAAUCACUGGAUAUGCAAACCAUGGAACUUGGCCAGGAGCCUGGAUACCCACAUCACCAACAGCCUUAACAAUAUCAUCAGGCACAGGGAAAGCAGCCCAAAGGUAGUGUGCAAAUAUAUUGAGAAUCCAGUCUUAUUUCACAGAGAAGAUGUGGGGAUGGUUAAAUUUGACAUCCGUUAUGUUGUAUUGCUGCGGUCUGUAAAACCACUCAAGCUGUACGUCUAUGAUGUUUUCUGGCUGCGCUUUUCAAAUCGGGCAUUUUCACUUGAUGACUUGGAUGACUACGAGAAGCAUUUCACAGUCAUGAAUUAUGCUCCUGGUGUAACAUUAAAACAGGUACACUGCGAAGAAUUUAUUCCUCUCUUUGAAAAACAAUAUCCUGAAUAUCCUUGGACAAUGGUACAAGCAAAUAUUUUUAAGGCAUUUGCUGAAUUGUUCCAAGUUGCUUCAGCUAAGCCUGCGCCUCUCGGCAUCUGUGAUUAUCCGUCAUCAAGAGCAAUAUAUGCUGUUGACUUGAUGCUUAAAUGGGACACGAGCAGAGAUGGGAAAAGAAUUAUGCAGCCUCAGAUUCUGGAGGUGAAUUUUAACCCUGACUGUGAUAGAGCCUGCAAAUACCACCCUACCUUUUUUAAUGAUGUCUUCAGCACCCUAUUUCUGGAUGAAACAGACAGCUGCCAUGUGACAUGCAUUGUCUAGCCACAGGAGGCUUGACUCUAUUAAUUUCCUUCCCAGAUACGCUUGUUGUAGAAGUCACUUUCUAGCUUAAAUGGAAUCCAAUACAUAGCGUUAGUAGCAAGGCUUGCUAAAGUCUUAGGCUGCAAGUUGUGAAUUUUCAUCUAGAUAGGCUGACCGUGUAGUGAACUUUUACUUGGCUGCAUGAAGGAAGGCUCUGAAACCUCUGCAAACUAGAUGGAUAAGGCAGCCACAACCAUCAGCAGAAGCUGCAUCCCUUAAGACAAGAAAAGGAAUAUCCUGCCUGGACACAGAGAAAGGAUCCAGUAAGGAACAAGAUGACCCCAAGCCCAAAUAUUUCUGUUGGACCAAACCAUCAUGUGAGGGAAGCUUAGAUUGUAAGGGUAUGAUUGCCCAGGGAUUUCUUUGUCAAGGAUCCCUCUCCAGAGGCACCCAUCUCGAGCUGUUCUUUACUGCUCUACCACUCAAUAAAUUUGCCUGGUGUACAUCGUGUGGAGACUCUGCUUCAAGGAACCAAGAGUUGAGCCUGAGAAGAGAAAAAGGUGCCUGAGAGUGAGGGGGUGUGAGCAAGGAGUCAAAAGGGGGCACCUGUCGGCUCAGUGAAGCUGCCUGCUGCAAAGGGACUUCAGUCCUAGCAGUUAGUCUCAUGUGGUGUGCGUGCGACUCCCGGAAUGGUGUGUGAAUACUUGGGCUGUGGCUUCUCCUUUAACAUGCUUAACAGCAAGAUUUAUACUUCAGUUCUAUGAGCUGCUGAUGCAACUAUUUCCCUAUACUGGUAACCCAGGAAAAAGGCAUAUCAGAAGAAUACUCAUAUACCAUAUACUGUAUUGAUAAUAAUUUUGUCUGCAUUUUCCUUGUGUUGCUUAGUUCUAGAAAUCAUUGGUUUGUGUUGACCAAAUAUCUUGUUUAUUGAAUAUGGGAGUCCUCAAAAUAGGGAACAGUAACUGGAGCAAUUGACUUGUUUCUCAGGUAGCCUGAUCGCUUGGUUGGUGGGAAAUGUUGCACGUGUCCCUCAUGUCAACAUUAAAACUAUAAUUUACUGAA